GAGAAUAAUCUCAGUGUAUAGUUCAGCUUUUUGAGCUGGGGUUUACAUUGACCUACAGUUUACCAAAGCACAAGUUUCUCUUCACAUGUUUUCUUGUUCUCUUCUUUUUGAUGGAGUGAUUUGCAGAGUGGGUUCAUAAGGUUCAGCUUUCAGAAUGAAGAUGAUUGUGUGGUUUGUGUUUGUGCUGGGUGCCCGCUCUGCUGCAGGAGACGUUUUCAUUGCAAAAGUCGGGCAGAAGGUCACCUUGAACUGUGAGGUCAGCAGCUACAGACGCUCUCUGGUGUGGCGUCGUGGAGAUGACCUUCUUUGUUCUGUUGAUCAGAGAGGCUUCAAUCGCAAAGGCACUAUUGACCUUGCAAAGAGGUCAGCCGUGAGACAUGUGAAUCUGGAAAUCUCUGGUGUGAGAGAAACAGAUGCCGGAAAGUUCACAUGUUUGGCAGAUCAGACACUUCGAGAACAUUCACUUGUUGUGGUCUCAGUGUCGGUCUCUGUCACUCCCUCUGCUGUUCUCCAGCUGGGCAGCGAGGCAACGCUGCAGUGUGACGUCAGAGGUCUGGAUGAAGGUUGUGAAGUGCAGUGGAAGAGUCCGAACGCAGGUUUACCUGAAGGGACGUCGACAACUCAACUCAAACCUGUAACAAACUUACAUGAUGGGACCUGGCAGUGUGUCAUCACCUAUGGCGGCAACCAGAUCAGUGAAAGUCUGACCAUAAGCGUACAAGAGCCGCCUCCUACACCAGCAACAACUUCACUGUCCAGCUCAAAGGACAGCCCAAAGACCCCCUUGGCUAUUGUGUGUACAGUUUUUGCAGAACUUCUCAAAAUGAUUCUUCACUGAAUGUGUAACUGAUUCUUGUAAUUUUUUUCUUUCUCCUAUGUGAACGCUAACAAACACAGACUGCAAAAGUCAUAAUUGCACUCCAAUAAGCGCGUACAAAAGCCCCGUCUAAUGUUUCUCAUAACGUCUCUCAGAAUGGACGUCACACAGUUCAAUAAACAGGUGCCACUAACAUUCACAGUGAGAAAAAAUGUCAGUAAAUGAAAAAGAAUAACAAUAAAAUAUCUACUACAAAAGCCCUCCUCCACCAAAUGGGCUUGUUUUCCUUCAGUUUGCUGAGGGUGAAAUUUGGGUGAUUGUUUUUUUGUUUUUAGUUUUGUAAAGAAAUGUUUUGUUACUUUGUUGCUGUUACUGCUGUGACAAAUAAAAAAAUCAUCUUUCUGUGAAA